AUGCUCUUCAAUUUCAAACACUACACCACCUUAGCCAUCCUGGCUUCAGUCGGCGUCGUGUCUUCAGCUCCCGUCUCAGACCUCGGUCCCGCCCCCAACAACACCAUCCUGUCCGUCUCAGACCUAGCCCCCUACAGAAACCACACCGUCUCAUCCCUCGCUGUAUACGGAGAAGAGAGUAGACAUUCAUGGCCCUCGACCCAAUACCCCUUCAGUGCCAUCCAGCAGAUAACAUUCACCGGGAUCGGCUGCACAGUUUCCGUCGUUGGUCCUCGACAUCUCUUGACAGCGAGGCAUUGCAUCCCCAAGGGGUACAUGGGCAAGUCUAUGAAAUAUACGAAUAAUGCUGGGAGUGCAAACAUGAUUGAUAUGCUGAUGCUUGAGGAGACUGAAGAUUGUGAUAAUCUGAAGGACGACUUUGCGGUUUUGGUGAUGGAUCAACCCAUAUUCGAGCGAUUUGGGUAUUUGGGAAUUCGGACGUUCGACUGCGAGAGUCAAAUGCAUACGCCUAAAUUUGAAAACGCUGGCUUUCCUGUCAUGGAUCACGAAAUGCAGCGUAUCCAUCAGAAUGGCGUCUCAGUAACGGGGUGUUAUCGUUGUGAUGGCCAAAAUGCUCUCAUAGGCACUGAUGCAGAUGCUGACAAGGGCCAGUCUGGUGGGCCUUUGUAUACAGUGGAGAACGGUGUAGGUUGGCAGUAUGGUGUUAUGAGCCAUGUCCAUGGCCUCAGGGGCACAGUCUUUGCUGGGGGGAACCAUUUGACGGAACUUGUCGCCAUGGCGAGACACAGGUAUCCUUAG